AUGGACGUGGAAAUGGAGGGAGCAGACGAGGAUCAAACGCAAGACCAAUUGACCCUGCCACAUUUGAGUACCAAUUUGAUGAGAGCAUUUGUGUCCAGUAAAAAGAAGGAUAUAGAGACAAUUACCAAAGAACUUUUGCUUGGGAAUAGAGCUUCCUGGAGGUAUGCAAUGAUGGAGAGAAUUGCUGAAGAGCAUGGCCGAAAACCAGUCAGGAAUGUGAAUCUACGAAAUGCCACACGAUUCCAGCUUGGGAGCAUUGCAGGAAUAAUGUUCUUACCAGACAGAUCAAUAGAGAUAAUCAAUGCCUUCAUGAAACCAGUCGCAGAUGCAUAUCCAAGGACAUCUUUUGACUUUAGUCAUUAUGUAAUCUAUCCAGAAAUUGUUGUACAUCUACUACAACAGAAGGACGGGUUUACAAAACUACAGGCAGAAAUGCUAUAUGAACUUUUUAGACACCCAUCGCAUUACACAGGGAUUUAAAGGAUGUAUAUCAAGUGCUACAUCAACUAUCAAGUGCUUUGAAAACAUUAGAGGCCCAUUAGAAAUAAGUUUUUUGUGGAAUAUCAUCAAUAAGAUUCAUUU